AGUGAGUUCUGCUGGAGGAUCUGGCCGCGCGAAUAGAAUGGGUGUUGAAAUUGAAACAAUAUCUCCAGGAGACGCUGACAGAACUAUAUCUGCUGGAUUUCUUCUACACGAAGCAGUUGUCUAUUUUUUUCUUAUGAAAUGAAGAACCUUUCCGAAGAAAGGACAGACAUGCGUCGUACAUUACAUAGGGAUGCUACAGAAUGGAAAGAAGUUUGACUCAUCACGAGACAGAAACAAGCCCUUCAAAUUCAAGAUUGGUCGACAGGAAGUUAUCAAGGGAUGGGAAGAUGGAGUUGCACAGAUGAGUUUGGGUCAGCGGGCGAAGAUCACCUGUACUCCAGAUAUGGCGUAUGGGGCCACGGGACACCCUGGUGUUAUUCCUCCCAAUGCCACUCUUAUAUUUGACGUGGAACUACUGAAACUGGAGUGAACCGCUAGCUUUUACAGAGCAAAAGUCCUCACGUGAUGGAGAAACACUAGCCCCGCCCCACCAUCUUUUAUGUGCUUUGCCUAUAAAUGCCAUGUGUAGAUGCUGUUUAGUUAUUUUAAAACUUUUCUACACACCUCAACAUGUGCUCUUGUCAUACUAGGUCACAUUUUCUUGAAACUAGCUGUAUGAAUAAAAUAGAAUCAUCAAAUUAGUAUAUUAAUUUGUACCAGACAGAAUCCACUGCCUUACUGAAUUUGAGUAGGGUUGGUAUUUUACAGUAUAAUAGUUUAUAAUUCCAUAUUCUGAGGGGCAUUAAAACAACCACUGUCUGCAUUGCCACUUUUGAUAAAAGUAUAUCCUGCUGAAUGCAUAUGAUAAUGUUACUGUAUUAAGUAUAUCUUUUAUAUAUUAUUAUCCCUUAUAAAUAUUUGCUGCAAGUCUCAUGUCAAUCUACUCAUGAGAGGUGGAACAAACCGAAUAUGUACCAUGGAGUGCUUUGGCUUCAAUGAACAUUUUAUCAACUUGCUCUUAUUAAAGAUAUCUGAACUCUUUAAAA